CGCCGCUGUCCCUACACUCCAACGCACACACUACCCGGUCACUUGGAAAUUUCCCUUCAAACCGUGCAGGAUAAUAUUUUGCCGCUAAAUCAGCGGAAGUGUCCGCUACAGUGCGUCCUGCGAUGCGCCAGUGGAGCAUCUGAAGCUGUGAAGAUCAGCGCAUGCACACAAGGGAAGAAGGCGGCCUAAGGUGUAGCUGUUAACGCACGUAACAACAUGGUGGUGUUGUCGCUGAAAAUAUGCGUUCGGCACUGCAACGUGGUGAAAACCAUGCAGUUCGAGCCAUCCACAGCGGUCUACGACUCCUGCAGGAUCAUACGUGAGAGAGUUCCUGAGGCACAGACGGGACAGGCUUCGGAUUAUGGUCUGUUCCUGUCUGAUGAAGACCCCAGAAAAGGCAUCUGGCUGGAGUCUGGCAGGACACUGGACUACUACAUGCUGCGAAAUGGGGACAUUCUUGAAUACAAGAAGAAGCAGAGGCCCCAGAAAAUCAAAAUGUUGGACGGGGCCGUUAAAACCAUCAUGGUGGAUGACUCCAAAACAGUCGGGGAGCUGCUUGUGACUAUAUGCAGUAGAAUAGGCAUCACCAACUAUGAGGAGUACUCUCUGAUUCAAGAGACACUGGAGGAGAAAAAAGAGGAUGGGAUGGGAACGCUGAAGAAGGACAGAACGCUGCUGCGUGACGAAAGGAAGAUGGAGAAGCUUAAAGCCAAACUGCACACGGACGACGACUUGAACUGGCUGGACCACAGCAGGACCUUCAGGGAGCAGGGAGUGGAAGAGAGCGAGAUGCUACUGCUGCGACGUAAAUUCUUCUAUUCGGACCAAAACGUCGACUCAAGAGACCCAGUCCAGCUCAACCUUCUUUAUGUGCAGGCUCGAGAUGACAUCCUGAAUGGUUCACACCCGGUGUCCUUUGACAAGGCAGGGGAGUUUGGCGGUAUUCAAGCCCAGAUCCAGUUUGGACCUUACAUCGAGCACAAACACAAACCUGGAUUCCUCGAUUUAAAGGAAUUCCUUCCCAAAGAGUACAUAAAGCAAAGGGGAUCAGAGAAGAAAAUAUUCCAGGAACACAAAAACUGUGGCGAAAUGACAGAGAUCGAAGCCAAAGUAAAGUACGUCAAAUUGGCGAGAUCGCUACGGACUUACGGAGUCUCGUUCUUCUUAGUCAAGGAGAAAAUGAAAAGCAAGAACAAGUUGGUGCCGCGCCUACUGGGUAUCACCAAAGAGUCUGUGAUGCGGGUGGACGAGAGGACCAAAGAUGUGGUACAAGAGUGGCCGCUCACGACCGUCAAGAGGUGGGCUGCCUCACCUAAGAGCUUCACACUGGACUUUGGGGAGUACCAGGAGAGUUACUACUCAGUGCAGACCACCGAAGGCGAGCAGAUCUCGCAGCUUAUUGCGGGUUACAUUGACAUCAUCUUGAAAAAGAAACAAAGCAAGGAUCGUUUUGGAUUGGAAGGUGACGAGGAAGCAACCAUGCUUGAGGAAUCUGUAUCUCCAAAAAAGUCCACCAUCCUCCAACAGCAGUUUAACCGCGUGGGCCGAGCGGAACACGGCUCGGUGGCGCUUCCCGGAGUCAUCCGAUCGGGCUCCAUCGGAACAGAGUCGUUAAGCAUGGGCUCCAUGCCGUCUCCUCAGCAGCAGAUUACCAUGGGUCAGAUGCACCGUGGACAUAUGCCACCGCUGAGUUCAGCCCAGCAAGCUUUAAUGGGAACCAUAAACACCAGCAUGCAGGCUGUGCAGAAGGCCCAGAUUGACCUGGGAGAAGUCGAUGAUCUACCUCCACUAGGACAGGAUAUGGCCUCAAAGGUGUGGAUCCAGAACAAGAUGGACGAAUCCAAGCAUGAGAUUCACUCUCAGGUUGACGCCAUCACUGCAGGAACUGCUUCCGUUGUCAACCUCACGGCCGGCGACCCGACCGACACGGACUAUACGGCAGUGGGCUGCGCUAUUACCACCAUCUCUUCCAACCUGACCGAGAUGUCAAAAGGAGUUAAGUUGUUGGCGGCUCUCAUGGAGGACGAGGUGGGCGGCGGUAAUGACCUAAUGAAGGCCGCCAGGACACUGGCAGGAGCCGUGUCCGACCUGCUCAAAGCUGUAGAGCCAGCAUCAGGAGAGCCCAGACAGACUGUACUGACAGCAGCAGGCAGUAUCGGCCAAGCCAGUGGAGACCUCCUGCGCCAGAUUGGAGAGAAUGAAACAGAUGAGCGGUUCCAGGAUGUCCUGAUGAACUUGGCCAAAGCGGUUGCUAACGCUGCUGCCAUGUUGGUCCUGAAGGCCAAAAAUGUAGCCCAGGUCGCGGAGGACACAAUCCUUCAAAACCGGGUCAUUGCCGCUGCCACCCAGUGCGCCCUGUCCACCUCGCAGUUGGUGGCAUGCGCUAAGGUGGUGAGUCCCACUAUCAGCUCCCCUGUUUGUCAGGAGCAGCUCAUCGAAGCUGGGAAGUUGGUUGACCGCUCGGUGGAGAGCUGCGUCCAGGCGUGCCUCUCGGCCACAGAGGACGGAGAGCUCCUCAAACAGGUGAGCGCGGCAGCCAGCGUGGUGAAUCAGGCUCUGGAGGAUCUGCUGCAACAUGUCCGUCAGUACACUUCUAGAGGAGAACCAAUUGGCCGCUAUGACCAGGCCACUGACACCAUCAUGACUGUCACUGAGAGCAUAUUCACGUCCAUGGGAGACGCAGGAGAGAUGGUCCGACAAGCUCGCGUCCUGGCCCAGGCCACCUCAGACCUGGUGAACGCCAUGAGGUCGGACGCCGAAGCGGAGGUGGACGUGGACAACUCUAAGAAGUUGCUGGCAGCGGCUAAAUUGUUGGCUGACGCCACUGCCAGGAUGGUGGAGGCGGCCAAGGGUGCAGCGGCCUAUCCCGAGAACGAGGAUCAGCAGCAGCGACUGAGAGAGGCUGCGGAGGGACUGCGAGUGGCCACUAAUGCUGCUGCUCAGAACGCCAUCAAGAAGAAGCUGAUCAACAGACUGGAGAAUGCUGCCAAGCAAGGUGCAGCCGCGGCCACUCAAACCAUCGCCGCCGCUCAGAAUGCUGCCGCCUCCAACAAGAACACAGCCGCUCACCAGCAGUUGGUUCAGAGCUGCAAGGCAGUGGCUGACCACAUCCCUCAGCUGGUCCAGGGGGUGCGCAGCAGUCAGGCCAAACCAGACGACAUCAGUGCACAACUUGCCCUCAUUAUUGCCAGCCAGAACUUCCUACAGCCUGGUACUAAGAUGGUGACUUCCGCCAAGUCAUCAGUUCCCACAGUGACAGAUCAGGCUGCAGCCAUGCAGCUGGGUCAGUGUGCCAAGAACCUGGCCACCUGCCUGGCAGAGCUAAGAACAGCCGCACAAAAGGCACAUGAAGCCUGUGGCCCCAUGGAGAUUGACUCUGCAUUGACUGCUAUACAGACAUUAAAGAAUGAGCUGCAGGACGCCAGGCUAGCUGCUGGCAACGGGCAACUAAAACCUCUGCCGGGAGAAUCGUUGGAAAAGUGCGCUCAGGAGCUGGGCAGCACCUCCAAAUCGGUCGGGUCCUCUAUGGCACAGCUACUCACCUGUGCAGCCCAAGGCAAUGAACACUACACAGGCAUAGCGGCAAGAGAAACUGCACAGGCUUUGAAGACACUGGCACAGGCGGCUCGUGGGGUCGCAGCAUCCACCACCGAUCCCAAAGCGGCCGCCGCCAUGCUGGAGUCGGCCCGCGACGUCAUGGAGGGCUCUGCGCUUCUCAUACACGAAGCCAAAGAGGCGCUCGUCAGCCCUGGAGAUGCUGAGAGCCAGCAAAGGUUGGCCCAGGUGGCUAAAGCCGUGUCUCAUUCAUUGAACAACUGCGUGAAUUGUCUGCCUGGUCAGAAAGAUGUUGACAUGGCUCUCAAGAGCAUCGGGGAGGCUAGCAAGAAGCUCCUCAUUGAAAGUAUCCCGCCAGCCUCCAAGACCUUUCAAGAGGCGCAGCGCGAGCUCAAUCAGACGGCGGCUGAUCUGAACCAGUCUGCGGGCGAGGUUGUUCACGCCUCCAGGGGCUCCAGCAGCCAGCUGGCGGUGGCGUCUGGCAAGUUCAGUGAAGAUUUUGAUGAGUUCUUGGACGCCGGCAUUGAGAUGGCAGGGCACACUCAGAAGAGGGAUGACCAAGUGCAAGUCAUCAGUAACCUGAAGAACAUCUCCAUGGCCUCUAGCAAGUUGUUGCUGGCUGCCAAGAGCUUAUCAGUAGAUCCUGCAGCAGCCAAUGCCAAGAACCUGCUAUCAGCUGCUGCAAGAGCUGUGACUGACAGUAUCAACCAGCUGAUCACGCUGUGCACUCAGCAGGCACCUGGCCAGAAGGAGUGUGAUAACGCACUGAGGGAGCUCGAGGCCGUACGGGGAAUGCUGGACAACCCCAACGAACCUGUUAAUGACCUCUCCUACUUUGACUGCAUCGAGAGUGUCAUGGAAAAUUCCAAGAUCUUGGGAGAGUCAAUGGCUGGAAUUUCCCAGAACUGUAAGACAGGAGAUGUGAUGUCAUUUGGAAGCUGUGUCGGAUUGGCGUCCAAAGCCCUUUGUGGGCUUACUGAAGCUGCUGGACAGGCAUCCUACCUGGUGGGUGUGUCGGAUCCCAAUAGUCACGCAGGUCACCAGGGCUUGGUGGACCCCAUCCAAUUUGCAAAAGCCAACCAGGCAAUCCAGAUGGCCUGUCAGAAUCUUGUGGAUCCAGAGAGUAGCGCAUCGCAGGUACUCUCAGCAGCCACAAUUGUGGCAAAGCACACGUCAGCGCUGUGCAAUGCCUGCCGUCUUGCCUCCUCGAAGACCACCAAUCCCGUCGCCAAGAGGCACUUUGUUCAGUCGGCUAAGGAGGUGGCCAACAGCACAGCCAACCUGGUCAAAACUAUUAAGGCUCUUGAUGGAGAUUUCUCUGAUGAGAACAGGAACAGGUGUCGAGUAGCAACCGCUCCACUCAUUGAAGCCGUUGAGAACCUGACAAUAUUUGCAUCUAACCCAGAAUUCGCCAGCAUCCCAGCUCAGAUCAGUCAUGAGGGUACAGUAGCCCAGGAGCCCAUCAUCCAAUCAGCACGCUCAAUGCUCGAUAGCUCUACCUAUCUGCUCAAGACUGCACGCUCGUUGGUAAUCAACCCGAAAGACCCGCCCACCUGGUCUGUUCUGGCCGGUCACUCUCGCACAGUCUCCGAUUCCAUCAAAAGUCUCAUCACAGCCAUCCGGGACAAGGCCCCCGGCCAGCGCGAGUGCGACUCGUCCAUUGAUAACAUCAACAAAUGUAUCCGAGACAUUGAGCAGGCCUCUCUGGCAGCGGUCAGCCAGAAUUUACCCAGCAGGGACGACAUCUCUCUGGAGGCACUGCAAGAGCAGCUGACGUCCUCCGUUCAGGAAAUUGGCCACUUAAUCGACCCUGUUUCCACUGCUGCUAGAGGCGAAGCUUCACAACUAGGACACAAGGUGAGUCAGCUGGCUGGCUACUUUGAACCGCUGAGUAAAGCAGCAGUGGGCGUUGCAUCCAAAUUGAGGGACCACCAGCAGCAGAUGACCUUCCUAGAUCAGACAAAGACCUUGGCCGAGUCCGCCUUGCAGAUGCUUUAUGCAGCCAAAGAGGGUGGAGGGAACCGCAAGGCAUCCCACACACACGACGCCAUUGCCGAGGCGUCCCAGCUCAUGAAGGAAGCAGUGGAUGACAUCAUGGUGACAUUGAACGAGGCUGCCAGUGAAGUCGGCAUGGUCGGGGGUAUGGUGGAUUCCAUCGCAGAGGCUAUGGCCAAAUUUGAUGAGGGAACGCCCCCCGAACCUCAGGGCUCAUUUGUGGAUUACCAGACCAGUAUGGUUAAAUACUCCAAAGCUAUAGCGGUCACUGCUCAGGAAAUGAUGACGAAAUCAGUGACGUGUCCAGACGAACUCGGAGGUCUUGCCUCUCAAGUGACCGUCGACUUUAGCCAGUUGGCCGUCGAUGGACGGAUGGCUGCCCAUACCGCGGAGCCUGAAGAGAUUGGCUUUCAGAUCAAGACCCGAGUGCAGGAGUUGGGGCACGGCUGCAUCUUCCUGGUGCAAAAGGCUGGAGCACUACAAGUCACUCCUUCUGACAGCUUUACUAAGCGAGAGCUCAUCGAAUGCGCACGCGCUGUUACAGAGAAGGUGUCCUUGGUGCUGUCGGCUCUUCAGGCAGGUAACAAGGGAACACAAGCGUGCAUCACAGCGGCAAGCGCCGUGUCAGGCAUCAUCGCCGAUCUGGACACCACCAUCAUGUUUGCCUCUGCCGGAACGCUCAACGCAGAGAACGAUGAGUCCUUCGCCGACCACAGAGAAAACAUCCUAAAGACAGCCAAAGCUCUGGUGGAGGACACAAAGAUGUUGGUGUCUGGUGCCGCUUCCGGCCAGGACAAGUUAGCACAAGCCGCCCAAUCCUCUGCCAAAACCAUCACCCAGCUCACCGACGUUGUCAAACUGGGCGCGGCCAGCAUCGGCUCCGAUGACCCAGAGACACAAGUGGUUCUAAUAAAUGCUGUCAAAGACGUCGCUAAGGCACUAGCGGAGCUCAUCAGCGCUACCAAGUGUGCUGCCGGGAAAACGGCAGAUGACCCAUCCAUGUAUCAGCUUAAGGGCGCAGCCAAGGUAAUGGUGACAAACGUGACGUCAUUGCUGAAGACUGUGAAGGCCGUGGAGGAUGAGGCCACACGAGGCACCAGAGCGCUGGAGUCCACCAUUGAGUGCAUCAAACAGGAAAUGGCGGUAUUCCACUCCCGCGACCCCCCAAGCAAAACAACCACACCCGAAGAGUUUAUCCGCAUAACUAAAGGCAUCACCAUGGCGACAGCCAAAGCAGUGGCCGCUGGCAACUCUGCUCGACAGGAGGACAUCAUCCACACGGCCAACUUGAGUCGCAAGGCCAUCUCUGACAUGCUCGCCAGCUGCAAGCAAGCAGCUUACCAUCCUGAUGUCAACGAAGAAGUAAAGAACAGGGCGCUGAGAUUUGGAUCUGAGUGCACUACUGGAUAUAUUGAUCUGCUUGAACAAGUGCUUAUGGUGUUGCAGAGACCUACUGCUGAACAGAAGCAACAGCUUGCGGCCUGUUCAAAACGAGUGGCGGGAGCAGUCACAGAACUCAUUCAGUCAGCUGAGGCCAUGAAAGGUUCCGAGUGGGUGGAUCCAGAGGACCCAACGGUAAUCGCAGAGACCGAGCUGCUUGGGGCGGCGGCAUCCAUUGAGGCAGCUGCGAAAAAGCUGGAGCAGCUCAAACCUCGAGCUAAGCCCAAGCUGGCAGAUGAGACGUUGAACUUUGAAGAGCAAAUCCUAGAGGCCGCUAAGUCCAUUGCUGCUGCCACAAGCGCCCUGGUCAAAUCAGCCUCGGCCGCUCAGAGAGAGUUGGUGGCCCAGGGCAAAGUGGGCUCCAUCCCAGCCAACGCCAUAGACGACGGCCAGUGGUCCCAAGGCCUUAUCUCGGCUGCACGUAUGGUGGCAGCGGCCACAAGCAACUUAUGCGAGGCGGCUAACGCGUCCGUGCAAGGACACGCGAGCGAGGAGAAGCUAAUUUCUUCGGCCAAACAGGUGGCAGCAUCGACUGCACAGCUGCUGGUGGCCUGCAAGGUCAAGGCUGACCAAGACUCUGAGGCCAUGAGGAGGCUGCAGAUUGCUGGCAAUGCAGUAAAGAAGGCGUCCGACAACCUGGUGAGAGCGGCUCAGAAGGCAGCAUUUGACAAAGCUGAUGAAGACAACGUAGUGGUCAAGACCAAAUUUGUAGGAGGGAUUGCACAGAUCAUCGCGGCACAGGAAGAGAUGCUGAGGAAGGAGCGGGAGCUGGAGGAAGCUCGCAAAAAGCUGGCUCAGAUCCGACAGCAGCAGUACAAGUUCUUGCCGAGCGAACUGAGAGAGGACAACAACUAAAACAAACACACUUCUGACCUACUCUUGAAACAUUUCCUCUGCUGUGAGACUCGAUGAAAGCGAGCAGUCACAUGGUCUUAAAAACGAUUGCUGGAAAAAACAUUACGAUUGUGUCUCCACUACGACAACACAGCUACUUCGACUUAUCUCAAACCGAAUGUGACUCGCUUGGGAGUGACCGUGUGAAAUGUUUCAUUCAUAAAUGAUUGUUUACCAGAAUUGAAAAGCAUCAAUGUUGUGUGAAUGUCUUUUUAAUGCCCGUGAGAAGUCACGUGAGCGCAUUGACGAAGGAUGGUUUUACAUAUUUGUCGCUGUAAAUUUGACUCAUGGAUAUUUUUUUGUGCGUGCAGCCUCUCUCACUCGAAGUUGACUAACAGAGGCCAAUAAAGGAAUAUUUAUUUUUAAUGUUUUAAUCAGAUGAAAUUGUCACUCUUUGGGGAAAUCUGAUGCAAUAACAAGAAUGGUGCUGUAGAGGUCAGUGUCCUGUGCACAUCGAUGCAAAGUAAUCUUAAUACAGAUGUUUUGCUUUGACCAUCAAAUAAUUAGAAUUUGUUAAAUUGGCUGGCGAUAAGAAGUACUUCAAAGUAUAGAUUAUUUUCAAGGAGUGGUUUACUUAGUUUUCUCUACGGAAUCAUGCAAUAUCUCUUGAAUACGGAAGGCAUCAUGAAAGUGAUCAAGCACAGUUCUUUAGCAUGAAUUGAAAUAACCGUCAACCUUUAUUCUUUUUUUUUAGUGAAGGAAUGUGGCUUUAUACAUACACUACCUGCAAUAGAUGAGCCCUUUGUUAACCAAAAUGUGAUUGUUAUGACUUUCGGCCUUAUGUUUCGCCUGUGUUACAAAUUACAAUGCAACAAACUGUUACAUGUACAGGUAUCGUGUAAGACCAGGUUAGUGCAUGGCUUCAAUUGCAUUGUACCAUAACAAUUCAGACCUAUGUGGAUGCACAAAUACUUCAACAUAACUUAAAAUGGACAUUUUCGGGAUGAAUGAAGUUUUUUGUAUUUUUGUGUAUGUGACAUCAAGUGUUUUGUGCGUGCGCUCAUAGUAUUAUUAUUAUUAGUGCCUUAGUCCUUAGCCUAUACAGUGUCUACGAUGGUGUGUUUGACUGGAAGCACAAGCACGUCUGUAGGUAAUGGCGGUUCUCAUUUGUUGUUAUCGUGGGCGUUAACAUCAUCCAAGUGUACAAAUACCUGCAAUUGCACAAGGUUUCAUCAUAGUAGUACAUUUAACGAUGUUUUCGGGGAUUAUAGCAGUGGGUCACUGCAUAUGUGUCACGUCUUUCAUCAUUAUGACACAUUUAAAGGUCUUUUGGGCCUUGAGGGAUCUCCACUGUAUUUUUGUGAAGUUUCCAAUCAAUAUGAUAAAUAUAUAUAUAUACAUUAUUUCAUAGGUGUGGUGGAACUGGGUCACUGCAAUUUAGUCGUCUCUUACCUGACACAUUUCAGAAAGGUGAUACUUUUUUUUUUUUUUUUUUAAUUAUUAUUAUUAUACAGUGGUUGUCAUCAAUUUUUGAAUGGGAAAAGGCAUUCAUUUUGAAGGAUAAUGAAACUUGUUGACUGAAUUUAUCACGCUGAUUCAUGUACGGCAUUUUGGGAGAUGAUGAAUGGUUAACUGCAUUUUUUUAAUGUCUGACUUUCUUUAAGGCUUUUUCAUCUCUCUUCAUUUACAGGGCUAUUGUAGUACUGGUUCACUGGAUUUUCAUCAUGUUUAUCAACAAUGAUUCAUGUAAGGACAUUUUAGAGGACAAUAGAGGUGGUCCACUGCGAUUUUAUAAGGUAUACUAUCAUUCGAAUACAUGUAAGGCCUUACUGAUGGUGAUUGGACACUACUGCAUUUUUACCGUGUUUAUCAUUCUUGUAGAUGUAAGGCCGCUUGGAGAAUGAUAAAACUGGUCAACUGCAUUUUAAGUUUCUCGAUAUUCUGACAAAUUUAUAGGCCUUUUUGAAGAAUGCUAGUACGCAUGCACUGUAGGGCUGUAAAACACAACAAACUGGAUUUGCUUUUCAAUCAACUGCCUUUUUUUUAAGUGAUGACUGCAUACGCAUUUUUUUGACUCAUAAGUUUCCUCCCAUCUGCCCCUAUAGGAGUAUAGAAAAGGCUAUUUGACGUGAACAUUUGUGUCAACAUUGUAAUGUGUGAACUUCUACAGAUGUUGUACGUUUUCCCCUUAAGAUAGAUGAUAAAGAUGACAUAUAUAAGAUAUUUAUCCGGCCAUGAUAAAACUAUUUUUUUGUAUUUACUGGAAAUAAAGUGUU